UUUGCCGAGUCAGAACAACAUCAAAAUGUGAAAUAAUGUAUUUAAAAUUAAAUUAUCUGCUUCUCUAAUUUUAAAACGUAGUGACAAGGUGUUGUUUUAAGUGUAUGUAGUGGAAGUGUCAAAAUUUAAAACAUGAAUAGUCCACAUCCGGAAAUUCCGGAAAGAAUAAACAAAGACAGCAUUGUUAAGUUGAUUAGUUUGUUUGAGGUUAAAAGGCCAAAAAGAUCCUCCCAUUCAACGUUAAGAAAAACGAAAAGUAUUCCGUCACUUGUAACAGCAGUCAGUUCUGAUGAAGACGAUAUUAAACCUAACGAUAAAAGGACAUCUCUAACGCAUUCUUCCUCAUCUAAGAGCAAAAUUAAACGUAGAACAAAAAGCACAAGAAGCACUUCUCAUGAAGACGAUUGUGAUAACAGAAUAAAACAUGUUAUUGAAGAAAUUGAAAGAACUAAUAAAAUGGUUGACGAUUUUGGUAACAAAUUAAAAAUGAGAAGACAGAAGUCUAUCAUUCAUACAGAACGUGCAGAUGAAUGUCAGCAUCCAAAACCUAGUUCCUGUAAAGUAGAUAAAAGGGUUAAAUAUGCUUAUGAUGACACUAAUAAUAGAAUGAAUUACUCAGAUGGAGAUGCAGAUCCUUAUGCAAAAAGUGUUCAGUCGCUGGAUAGACGUUUUUCUAAAAACGAUAGUAAAAAGAGGUAUUCAUCUACAAAUACAAUCUGCAAAGAACUGAUUUCAAGAAAGCGCAACAAAGGGAGUCCAGAAAAAAUUCAAAAUUUCGCAGACGCUAAAUCAGAAAAUGAAAUUGAAUUUUACAGGAAAAAUCUUGUUAAUGAAAUCGAUUUAGCAUUGAAAAAAUUAAAAAUAGAUGGGUUUAUAGACGAUGAAGAAAACUGUAUUCAAAAUAUUACUCAAGAAGACGAAUACGUUUCCUUCGAAGGGGUGGUUAAAGAACUUGAGACUGAGAAAAAAACAACUUGGGCUGAGCGGCUUAAUGUUAGACGAGAAAGUAUGCAAUUUGUGCAAAAUGAUGAAGACUACAUAUCACAACAAGUAGAUCCAGAGGUAGAAGACAGUACAGAGCAAGAAAAUAAAUUGCUGCAUUAUAGUACAUUAUCUGACAACAAUGAAAGUGAAAAUAAUGAAUUGGAUAACGAAAGUGAAGACAUGUAUGUUGCAAGUAAUAUUUCUCCAAUAAUGUACGGGAACAUCACAGAUGACGAAUUUGGAGAGAGUCUUGCCGAUGAUUUAGAAGAGAAUGGAUCAUAUUUUGUAGAAGCAUACAAUGACGAAGGCAAAGAACUGAUAAUAGUGGAGAUUGCAGUAGAGCGAAGAGCUGUCGAUUUAAGUCAAUUAGAUACGAUAGCUGAGUCAAUUGAGAACUCUGACAUUGUCUUCCACCAAAACGACGAUAAGUCCCUCAAUAUUAUCGAAAAUCCUAAGGAAUUCGUCAGUGCUGAAAGUGUUUCCAGUGGAUUCUUCACUAAUCCAGAAUCUAACAGGUCUACUGUAUAUUCGACUGCAUCGAGAGACAGUGAGUUAUAUGAUACGGAUGACGAAGGCAUUAGCUUGGGGAAUGGACAAAAACACGAAGAUGAAGACGGUUUUAAUUAUAGACGCGAAACUUUCUGUGAUAUUAAAGGCAUUGUGAGAAUAGAAAGAGUCGGAGGAUAUCCAGGGAUUGAAAAUGGGGAUGAUGUAGGAGAGCCCAUGUCGCCAGUAAGCCGCAAUGACUCCUUUACACAAAAGGGAACGUUGUCCUACAUUGUAGAUGAAAUAAAAACUACAGAAAGGAAAUAUCUGGAAGAUUUAAAUAGAGUGGUUACGAAAUAUAAACCAUACAUUGAAGAACACACUCCAACCAAUUUAAUUGGCAGGCAAUGUUAUAUAUUUGGAAACAUUGACAAGUUGUAUAGUAAACAAAAGGAGUUUUUUGUGGCUCUGGAAAAUUGCGGGGAUACCGUAGACGAAGUUGUCAAAACAUUUAUAGACUUUGAAAAAUUAUUCAGACUCUACCCCAGAUACUUUAAAAAUAAACCAAAGGCUGAUAUUGUAUUGAAAGAAUUUAGUCACAUCAUAAAACUUAGUCAGGCUAAAUUCGACGAAAGACUGGACUUAUCAUCAUAUCUAUUAACACCUCUACAAAGACUGGGAAAAUACAAAUUGUUCCUGGAAAACAUAGAGAAACAGCUGACCAAAUUGAAACUACCCACGGGCAAUGUACAAAUGGCUCUGGAUAUAAUUAAGGGAGAGAUGUCGAAGGGUAAUGACUUUGUGGCAAUUGAGUCUAUUGAAAAUAGUCCUAUUAAUAAAGAAGAUUACGGAUCUUUUAAAAUGAGAGAAAAAUUCAAUAUACUGAAACCGAGGAGGUUUGAGGCUAUGGUAUUCUUAUUCGAAAAUAUUAUCGUAUUUACUAUAUGUGAUCCGAGAAAUAUGGACACCUAUAAUUACUAUGCAUGUAUAAAAAUGAUAGAUUUAAGAAUAGCAACAUUUGAAGAUUUAACAAUACAUCUAACCGACUUUACAAAGAGCAAAAGGUUGUCAAGAGCUGACAGAUUCACAUACAUCCUUGAAGCGAAAACGCAAAAAAUUAAAGAAACUUGGAGAAAAGCCAUAGAAACUAUUCUUUGGCAGCAGUUACUUAAAGUGAAAGAAAAUACUCUGAAAAUGUAUCAGUCUCCAUGGGGCACCAAAAAGAAUAAGGUCUCAAGAAGACAAAUUAAAUCAGCAGGUACCUCAAAAUUUUAUAUUGAAUGAUUUCUCAAUGAUGCACAACAUUUUCACCUCUUAGACUGUCUUGGAAGCAGACUCUUUUUACAGAAUUAUUUAUAAAUAUAUUUGUAAUUAAUUUAAGUAAUUGUUACUUUAUUUAUUGAUUAAAUAUGCUUUUUAU